GACUAUUGCCAUGACAACCCAAGCCCGCCUGUUGGGAGGAGGCCGCCGCGCUGGCGGCGGCCCAAGAAUUAUGGAGAGCGGUGGUGAGUUUACCGGCUUAGCCCACGGGAGCCAUGAAGAUCCCGGCCCAGUCCCGAGGCCUGUGAUCGACCCUCCCGUUCUCUCCACAGAAAUACCACAUUUUUCUGCCAUGAAUGAGGAACCCGCCACAAUUUGUUUUAAUGAAGAAGACUAUUACUGCCCUGUCUGCCAUGAUGUGUUCAAAACACCCGUGAGGGUUUCCACUUGUCAGCAUGUGUUUUGCAGGAAAUGUUUCCUAAUGGCUAUGAAAGAAGGUGGAACACAUUGCCCGUUAUGCCGAGGCAUUGUAACCAGAAAAGAAAAAGCACGUCCCAACAGAGCCUUAGAUGUUGAAAACAACAUGAGAAAGCUGGUGGGAAGCUGUAGAUGCUGUGACAAACAGGUUAGAUUCUCUCGUAUGAGACAGCAUUAUAAAUCAUGUAAGAAGUAUCAAGAUGAAUAUGGUGUUUCUUCUGUAAAUCCAAACUUAGACAUAUCUCUGGAUUCAACAGGAAUCAGUUUUAGGAGUGAUUCUUCUACUUCGGAAAUUGGAGAAAAUUCUAAUAUACAUGUUCCUGAAGAAGCUACAAGUCUGCAACCUACAUUCAAAUGCCCUCUAUGUCAAGAAAGUAACUUCACAAGGCAGAACUUAUUGAAUCAUUGUAACGACAGGCAUCUUUAUCAAAUAGAUCCAGUAGUCUGUCCUAUUUGUGUGUCUCUCCCAUGGGGUGAUCCUAACCGGGUUACAAUAAAUUUUGUUGGCCAUUUAAACCGAAACCAUUAUGAAGAUUUUAUGAAUCUUCAGAUGGAUGAGGACACUCUGUUUCAAAACGCUGUUGAGGAAUCUUGUCAAGUGAACCUUUGAAGCCUUUAAUUUGCUCACAUCGCUGCCAUCUGCAAGGGGGGAACCUGCAUCUCAUGGUCUCAAUGUUAAUAAACGCGAACUCUGUAUCCAGUUCAAUAGCAAUUGUUCUUUUUCCCUAGUUUAAGUUCAUUUUAUAAUGCUUUUUAUGUAAACCAACAAAAAAGCACAUAUUAAUACAUUUCAGUAUGAGGUAUUUUUUUUCCUCCCAAGUGAUAACAGAAAUAUUUCAAAUAUCUGGGGAAAAUAUAAUUGUCUUUGAGAGAGAAAGAGAGAAAAUAGCUAUUUUUCAGUUGUUGUUGUUGUUGUUUUAAUCCUGUUAUACUUUAGGAUAGUUUUAUUGUACUGGAAAGAGAGUUGAAAUGUUUUAUUAAAAUGCUCAUAAUGAGGGCAAGCAUCUUUGUUUGAAUAGUUACUUUUUCUUUCUUGAAUGUAUUUUGUAUUUUCUGGCAUAUGGUAAAAGAUAAAUGGUUUUCUUCUAGCUCACGACUUAUCUCUGGCUAUUGUCAGAACAAUAGCAUGCAGGUAUUUUCUUACUUGUUGUCAAUGAUCUGUAAGUACAAGGCACAUUUAACUUAAGCCCAACACUAUGAAAGUGGCUGACUGCGCAAUCAUGGGGGGAGAAAGAACCCAUCAUGGGUUUUUUCACCACCCCUACAUGUGCUAAUUGUACACUCGUGAUUUAUAUAAUUACCUGUGAUGCAGUGCAGGUUGCUAUGCCAUCUCGAUUUGGCAUGUGACACAGCAGGGGUGGCUUCAUACUCACCCUACAAGUUGUGGGUUGUAGUGUAGGUACAAAGCUACUCCCUCUGCGCAGUAUACUGGAUUUGAAUUACAUAGAAACUCUCUCUGCAUUGCAGAUAUUUAUGAAAAUUGUGAUUGUGUAACCAGUACAUGUGGAGGCCAGGAAAGAGCCAGUGAUGGGUUCUUUUCCCCCCGUGAUCAUGUGAACCCAGCCAGUGUAGCCACAAUUUAGAAUUUUUGCCAGCUAUGGCAUACUGAGUUUCAUUGCUAUAAAGACAACUGCCACUAUGCUUUCCUCCAGCUCUCUUAAAUUGGUGGAAUUCAUUCACAUUAGUCUGGUUUAGACCUGUUAUUUAUAGUUUUUAGGGAGGGUUUAUGAAAACUUAUUCGAGUUCUUUAAGAAAACCUAGGACAGAAAUGUCAAAUGGUGGCCUUCUGGUAGUUGGUAAUAUUAACCUACUAAGGGAGCAAUCCUAUGGCCUUUAGACAGCAUCUCAGGCAGUGGGGGGUGAGGGGCAUAGGAUACUUUGUAUACCUGGAUCCGACAUUGGAGACAGCACUCUUAUUUCAGUUCUGGGAAUCUGUCCAUGCCCCUCAUCACAGCUGAUAUGGAAAAGACCAUGCCAGCUGCCUCUUCAAAGUUGGGAACUCGACAGUCUCAUGGGCAGAGAAUGGGGGUGGGGGGAACUAGAGAGGCUGGGUUAUGAGCUUUUCUGAGGCCUUUCCAGCCUCCUUCUCUCCUGUUCCACGAUGCCCCAGCUAUAUGGGCAAAGAUGCCCAUGUAGUGAAAAUGCAGAGCGGGAGGAGUGAGUUUGGAGAUGUAGGAACAUCAAGGGUGGAAGUCAUAGGAUUGCGCCCUAAGGAUGUUUUUAUAGAAAUGAAUAAAAGGGCUUUUAUUCAAAAUGCUAUUUGAGGGGCAAUAAAUGUCUUAAGUAUAAUCAUUGUAGUGCUGUAGCUAUCAUUAUAAUUGGGGAUGCGUGGAUUCAGCCAUUAUCACUCCUUUGUUGUUCCAUGUUUCUGUUAUGCCUUGGGUUCCCCCUUGGAUGUUUUCAGGCAAUAAAAGAGAAUUUCAAAUUUUAUAAUGAAUUUGCUUGUGUUUGCUUGCUGU